AUGCUGCGGAGCGGCAGCGGACCGACUACGGCAGGUCUCGCGGGGAUUUACACCGCGGCAACGAGGGACCUCAUCCGGGGCGAGGCAUCUCUAGCCGCCUUGUCGAGCUGCAUCUACCCGCUUCACUGGAGGAAACACCUUCCGUACUGGGUGCCGGACUACAGCGUCGCGGUGGCGAACCCUGUCCCCCGCAGCUUUUGCGCGGACAGGGCGCUGGAGUACGUCCCGCCCGAGACGACGCCCGACGACGCGACGAGCAGCCUGCUCCGUGUACGGGGGUACUUUAUCGGCCGCGCCUCGGCCGUCGGCGGGCGUUCUGGCACGAGGGCCCAACGAGAAGCUCGCGUUUGA